AUGCUUAUACUUCUUGGUGGUCGACUACAAUUUUCUGAUUUAUCUCAUGGUGAAAAACAUCCCAUAUUAUUGGAAAGUUCUCAUCAUUUUACAAGCCUACUGAUACGCCAAACACAUUUACGAAUGCAUCAUCUCGGUGUUCGGAUUGGACUUUCUCAGCUUCGUUCAGAAUAUUGGAUAUUAAGAGCAAGACAAGCCAUUAAAAAGGGGACAAAGACUUGCCUUCCAUGUAAAGUACUGAAACAAAAAAGAAGUGAACAGAUAGAAGUUCCAUUACCAGCUGAGCGAAUUCAAAAGAAUUUUGAAACUACCGGAAUUGAUUUUGCUGAACCACACUACGUAAAAAAUAAUAUAUCCGUUACAAAAGCUUACAUUGACAUCUUCACAUGUGCUACAAUUCGAGCUAUCCACUUAGAAUUGACGUCUUUCCACUUGCAUUACAACGUUUUGUCUCUAGACGUUCACUUCCUCAUACAGUGUACACUGAUAAUGCCACAACUUUCUGCGCUGCGGACAAAGAGUUGA